CUAAGAUGUUCAGGAUGGCAAUUUUAGCCAUGGUGAUCACACUGUUGGCUCUGACAGUGGAGAUAAGCAGUUUGAAGGAUAAGAGUAAUAUUGCCAUGGGUGCAAAAGUUUGGCAAUCCUCAUGGUAUGGGAAUGCCGGACCCCAAAGGGCCAUUGAUGGAAAUCGUGCUAGCAACUGGGCACAAAAAUCCUGUGCCUGCACAAAGAAAGAUAUGAAACCAUGGUGGAGACUGGACCUCCAAAAAACAUACAAAAUAAACACUGUCACUAUUACAAACAGAAGAGAUUGUUGUCCUAACAGGAUUAAUGGAGCUGAGCUCCGCAUUGGAGACUCCCUUGAUGACAAUGGCAAUGCUAAUCCCAGAUGUACUGUGAUCGUAUCAAUUCCAGCUGGCGCCACCAAAACAUUUCAGUGUAAUGGAAUGGAAGGCCGCUAUGUUAACAUUGUGAUUCCUGGAAGACGAGAAUACCUAACAUUGUGUGAAGUGGAAGUACAUGGGGAAGAGACCAGUGUGGAUACCAAUGGUGAUGCUUGCAAUUGAGUCUGUAGUGUUCCACAAGUCCAUUUUUUCUUCAGAUUUAAAUUUCAGAUUAUGAUUGCAUUAAUUCUCUCUUUCUUGUCAAACUUUACUGUUAUAUCUAAUAUAAUACUUAUGAAUAUAUCUACUUUAACACUACUCAUGCAAAACAAUAUUGUACUUUAAUUCUUAACCCUGAAACAUGUUUUUGGUUGUAUUACACCAAUCAAUAAAGCAUUCUUUACAAAAGUGAAAUGUAGACAGAAAUUGAAAUGUACAUACACAAUAAAACCAUUGGAGAAACUCUCUAAA